GCCUUUCGUAUACCUAUCUGAUUAUGUUUUCCCAAGGGAUUCAGGCUCUAGCCGACUGAGCCAUGGCUUCCACACUAUCAACUGUAGAUUCGAUUGAUUUGGACGUUUCUCAGUUCUGCCAUACGCCUUUUUACUGUGAGGAGAAUGUAUAUUUUCUAUGCAAGAAAUUAUGUACAAACAGAAUGGAUGAUGCAACGGGAGCUGAUCUUUUUGUUGUUUUCAUUUCUAAUGAGAAGAAGCAGAUUCCCCUUUGGCAUCAAAAAGCCAGCAAAAGAGAAGAUGGUCUUGUUUUGUGGGAUUACCAUGUGAUUUGCGUUCAGAGAAAAACAGAAGGUGAAUUUCCUUUUAUAGUGUGGGAUUUAGACUCCACUCUUCCUUUACCUAUCCCUCUGGGCAGCUACGUGUCGCAAGCUAUCAGGCCAUCGUUUCAAAUCUCCCCCGAGUAUCAAAGGCUUUUCAGAAUCAUCCAUGCUCCAAUAUUUUUUCGUCACUUCGCAUCUGAUAGAAGGCACAUGAAAGAUUCCAAUGGAAAUUGGAUUGCUAAACCCCCUGACUAUGAAGCCAUUGUUGCUGAAGAUGGAACUAUUCACAACCUGUAUGAGUACAUGGAGAUCAAGGCGGCCGAUGUAUAUACGAACAACAUCGAUGUGAAAGAUGCAGUUUUUUCUCAAAAACUUGGAGCGGUCGCAAAUGAUCUGGAGGAGUUUUUCUCUCAAAUUCUUUAAACAAGAAUGAGAAAGAUCUGAAAGAGUUGGAAGCUCUCUCAAUGGUUAAAGCUCAUGCCAGACAGUAACUUUGUUCUAGGGAAAUUUGCACACGUAGUUCUGGCCAAGGUUAGUCGGGAUAGAAAUCGAAAAAGAAGAAAAAGUUACAUGUUUAUAGAACUCACCAUUAAUUUUUAUGAACCAACUUAUGAAUAUAAACAAAUUUAGGCUUUAUAAUUAAUUUAUUCGCACUUAGAAAGUCGUACUCAUUCAAGUCUAACAUUACGUAAUUUUUUUUAGACGCAUUCUAUUGAACAUGAUAUUCUAUGAUAUGCUUAUA